AUGCGGGGCGCUGACUUCCGUAGCUCCGUCGAUCUGCCGGGAAAACAACAACCGACAUCCACCCGGCACCUGGGACGCUUGACACCCGUACUCCACCGGCCUGCUGAGCCAUCUACAUUCGAUGUCCGCCCAGCAGCCGCGCGUCCCACCGCUCCUCCCCGCCGACAGCAUCCACUACAGCCAACGCCGCCCCGCCAGAACACUCCACCAGACGCCGCCUCUCCGCACCAGACUGCCCCAACUGGCACCUCAGCCCCAUGCCCGCAACGGCUUCCGCAGAACAGCACCCUCCUCCUCUCCCGGUUGGCAGCGACACCAAAUGUAGUGAACAAGAACACGGGUGGGGACAAUCGAAUGUAUUUAGCUCGAAAAUUACAGACUAUCUCAACAAAAUCUGAAUACCAUAAAGUCAAUCGUCAAUUUGCAAAUUAUCAAUACAUCAUAUCAAACUGUACUGUUCAAGCUGCAAACACUAAUCCAUUGUCUCCCAUUCCAUUGUUCAUAAGUUUUCUUACAAAUUCCAUUAUGUUCUUGCUCCACCUUUCUUGGUCUUCGCCAUCUUUUGCUGCCGAGCAUUACGUUCUUUUAACGCACGUUAUAUACUACUUAUGUCAAUAUAAGUAG